GACAUUUUUGACCUUUUAAGCUGAUUAACUCUUGCUCCCCUCUUAUUCUUUUUUAAGCAUUUGAUCUCUUACAUCCAUAAUACAGAAGAUCGUUACCAGUCCUCGCUCGGCGAUGCUGAUUGAUCUAUUUUCAAUUGUUUGGUUUAGCAACUUUUUGUUGGUUUUGUUAAUAUCCGAUGAUUUGGUGUGUGUGUGUGUGUCUGUCAGUCAGAUGAUGAUGUCCAAAAUCAGAUCAAGUAUGCUAAUAAAUCUAGGGUUCCUUGUGUCUGUCUUCAUCGUCUUCUUCUUGGCGAUUAAUUGUGGAGGUGAAUCACCGACGUGUUUGGCGGUCUACAAACAAGGCGGAGCACCAGCGGUUUUUCAAUCACCCAAAUGCCCUCGUUGGAACUGGGGCCCCCGACGAACUCCUACUACGACUGGUCUUUGCCAUACGGCAGCCAUCCAGGGUCGGAGAAAUUACCAAGAGGAUCGUCUUCUCUGUGCCCUUGAUCUUCGCAUUCCCUUUCCCCGCAAGUCUGGAACCAAGGAUGUUUCGGUUGGCAUUGCAGCUGUUUUUGACGGUCAUAAUGGUGCAGAGGCCAGUGAGAUGGCUUCAAACCUUUUGUUUGAUUACUUUGCUUUGCAUAUCAACUUUCUCUUGGACGCUACUUUUUCUGCUAUGACUAGCAAGUCCAUUGGAAGAUUACCUACUCAUCCAGACCAGGGUCUUAUUUUGCAUGGCCUCCUUACUCACGAUUUUAAAUUGCAGUUUCCAGACUCGUUCCCACUUGAUCUUGACGAUUCUCUUCACUUGGAUAUCAUCAAGGAAGCAUUGCUGAGAGCCAUCCAUGACAUUGAUGCCACAUUUACUAAGGAAGCAUCUACCCGAAAGUUAAUUUCAGGUUCAACGGCUACUGUUGCACUUAUCGCAGAUGGUCAACUUAUGGUCGCUAGUAUCGGUGACUCAAAGGCACUUCUGUGUUCUGAAAUAUUUGAGACUCCUGAAGAAGCUAGAGGUUUGCCAACAUCUAUUUCUACAACCAAGUUGCCUAAUAACAAAAUCAUCCAGUAUUUGUAUUCAUUUAUAAACAUUUUGUUGCAAUGGUGUUUGUUUAUCGCAGCUACUUUGGUGAAGUUGUACAGAGAGCGAAGGCGCAAUCGAGGCUCCUCGCCAUCAAGGUUUUCUGACUUUAAACUGGAACAUGGCAAUGGGCUACUGCGUUUUAUUGCCAAAGAAUUGACAAAUGACCAUCACCCAAAUAGAGAGGAUGAAAAGAUUCGUGUUGAGGCUGCAGGAGGUUACGUCACUGAGUGGGCCGGUGUGCCACGAGUGAAUGGUCAGCUGACUGUCUCCCGUUCAAUUGGUGACCUUACUUAUAGAAGUUACGGUGUCAUCUCGGCACCCGAGGUGAUGGACUGGCAGCCUCUACUGGCCAACGACAGCUACUUGGUAGUGUCAUCUGAUGGCAUCUUUGAGAAGUUAAAGGUGCAAGAAGUUUGUGAUCGUCUGUGGGAAGUAAACAAUCAAACUAGCUCUGGAGCAGGAGUGCCUUCAUACUGCUCAAUUUCUUUGGCACACUGCUUGGUUAAUACUGCUUUUGAGAAGGGAAGCAUGGACAAUAUGGCUGCUGUUGUUGUUCCUCUAAAAUCGAAUCAAGUUACCCAGCUCCAAGGGAAGGAGCAGAGUAUGAAUGACAAAAAUGAAAAGAUUGCUGCAGCACUACCCAGUAACAACUGUGCGCUUCCAUUGCCUAACGGUAUAAAUUUGGGUCCAUUGCAAUCGAAACAGGCUCAGCCACUUGCAACGAUGUUUAACAGGUUAUUGGUUGAAGUUAAAAAUGGAAGUUUUUGCCGCUUUUAUAUGUCAGAGAACCUUAUUGGGGCGUCUCAAGGGAAACUGGAUCAUUUGAACGGUUACAUGGGUGACUUACCUCAGGUUUUACCUGCAUCUGCCGAGCCAUUUUCUGGCUGGUGUUUGCCUUCUGGAACGGCUACCAACGAGAAUCGAGAUCAGUGUAUCAAUCCUGAUAGCUUUGCUACUUUCCUUGGGUUACUUGAAUCUGUACCGUUACAUGGGUUUGGUGCUAGUAAUGGGACGGAUGAGAUUCCAUUUCCGGACUCAAGCUAUGUGCUGAAGAAAAAAUUUGGGCGUGGUGCAUUUGGUGAGGUAUGGUUGGCAUUUCACUGGAAUUGCAAUCAAGGAGAUAAUGGUACUAGUUGGAACAAUGAAGAUGUGAAUACAUCAAAAAAUGGUGUUCAUUAUGAUACUGAUGGUCCUGAUAACUCCUUCAUUUUGAAACGGAUUAUGGUAGAAAGAGGACCAAUUGUCUAUCUAAGUGGUCUAAGGGAGAAGCAUUUUGGUGAACUGUUUCUAAAUGCAUACAAUAAAAGUAGGAGUUCUUCUGCAGGGCAAACGUCAAGUUCUAAACCAGCGUCAUCAGAACUGGGUCUCUCUGAAGAGGGUUUGAAACAUAUUGCUAGAUACUUAGAGUAUUUUGAAUCUCGAUAUAAUGACAUAUGGCUUGUGUUUCACCACGAGGGUGUGUCUUUAUCAAAGCUGAUUUACACUGUGGAAGAAGUAGAGAAUGGUUCUGCUGGUGAAAAGGCUGAAGAGGCAAGUCACGGGCAGAUACUUCGUCCGUCAAAGUGGUGGACCUGGUUGAAGACGACAGAAUCAGGAAAAGAAGAAAUGCGGAGAAUAAUAUGGCAAUUGUUGCUAGGUCUAAAGGCAUGCCAUGAUCGCAAUAUUACUCACAGAGAUAUCAAACCCGAGAAUAUGGUGAUAUGCCUUGAAGACAUCAAGUCAGGCAGAUGCUUAAAGGGUGUACCAAAUGGAGAUCAUAACUUCAAAACUAAAAUGCGCAUAAUCGACUUUGGCAGUGCACUCGAUGAAUAUACGGUGAAACAUUUGUAUGGGUCAACAGGUCCUUCAAGAGCAGAACAAACACAUGAUUAUGCACCACCAGAAGCCAUUCUGAACAGUAGCUGGCACCGUGGGCCAACCAGCUUGACAUUAAAGUACGACAUGUGGAGUGUUGGGGUUGUGAUGUUAGAGAUGAUUUUAGGAUCACCAAAUGUUUUUGAGAUUAGUUCUGUUACACGCGCCCUUUUGGAUCAACAUAUCAGAGGUUGGAGUGAAAACUUUAAAGAGCUUGCAUACAAGCUUCGAUCCUUUAUGGAGAUGUGCAUCCUAAUCCCAGGUAGCUCUUUAAAACAUGGUGGCGCCAGCUCAAAGCAGGGUGGGAUUUCACUUGCGUCAUGGAAAUGCUCUGAAGAAUUUUUGGCGGAACAGAUAAAGAGUAGAGACCCUCUGAAGAUUGGGUUUCCUAAUGUUUGGGCUUUAAGGUUGGUGAGGGGUCUGUUACAGUGGUACCCUGAAGACAGAUUAAACAUAGACGAGGCUCUGCAGCACCCUUAUUUUCAACCUCCUCCCGACUACUAAGUGUAAAAAAUAGUAAGACAUCUUCUCUUCUAAUAACUAAACGCCUUGGUACAUUCACCUAAAGGUGAGAUGAGUCUCCUCCUUAGAAGAUCGAGAGUGGUGGCUUGAUAGAAUGGGAAAAAUGUAGGCUGUGCGUUUCUUUCGAAAUUUGAAGCCAGGCGCAGCCAUGGAAGGUUGUCCAGAAAGAGACGAGGAAGAUUAUAGAACUGUUGUAGCCUGCCUGUCUUAUCCCUGUAAAUAAAUUUGAAAAACCAGAAAUUUUCACUUCCUAUGUUUGUAAAUUGUUGUCCAUAUUAUUUAUUGAGAAUGUGAAACUGAAUCCUAUAUAGAAUGGAUCGUAACAUUAGGCUAAGAAAUAAAUACGAAGAUGACGUCGGUUUUGAUA